AUUACGGCCAACGUGAUUGUAUUCAUCUGCGUUAACACCGUGGGCAUCUUCAUGCACAAUUUAAUGGAGCACGCCCAGAGGAAAGCCUUCCUGGACACGAGGAACUGCAUCGCCGCCCGCCUCGAAAUGGAAGACGAGAACGAAAAACUGGAGAGGCUGUUGCUGUCUGUACUGCCUCAACACGUCGCCAUGGAAAUGAAAAACGACAUUAUAUCACCGGUAGAGGGACAGUUCCAUAAAAUUUACAUACAGAAACACGAGAAUGUCAGUAUAUUAUUUGCGGAUAUCGUCGGAUUUACUGUUCUCGCCUCCCAAUGCACAGCCCAGGAACUGGUGCGACUUCUGAACGAGCUUUUUGGUAGAUUUGAUCAACUUGCAAACGAUAAUCACUGUUUGCGGAUCAAGAUCCUCGGGGACUGCUACUACUGCGUUUCCGGGCUGCCGGAGCCGAGAUCGGAUCAUGCCCAUUGCACCGUAGAAAUGGGCCUGGACAUGAUCGAUGCGAUCGCGAGCGUCGUGGAAGCCACCGAUGUCCAGCUGAACAUGAGGGUGGGAAUACAUUCGGGACGAGUGCUGUGCGGUGUCCUGGGGCUCAGGAAGUGGCAGUACGACGUCUGGUCCAACGAUGUCACCUUGGCCAACAACAUGGAAGCCGGUGGUGAACCAGGGAGGGUGCACAUCACCCAGGCCACCCUCGAUUAUUUGGGAGGCGAAUACGAGGUGGAUGCAGGAAUGGGUGCGAGCAGGAACCAAUACCUGCGCGACCAUUGCGUAACCACUUAUUUCAUUGUGCCGCCGCCGCGACGCAGAAAGGUUCGAUCGGCCCUCGGCGCGGCACAGAGGAGGAAGCUGAGCUUCAAGAACGUCUCCAACGUGGUCGUACAACUGCUCCACUCCAUCAAGUACUCAAUGGAGGUUCCAUUCAGCAACAUGGCUCUACAACCGAACGACAUCAAAAACUCGAACGCUCGAAAGGAUGUGGUGUUAGACCUGCAGAGAGCCCUGCACGCGGAGCCCUCCACUUGCGAGCAGUCUUUACAACCAGCCGACACCAAAGUGAUAGAAAUAAGACAAGCGUUCCGAGCGGAGAACGUUCCUAGUUGUUCUGCGACGAACGAACAACCAGCUCCAACUUUAGUAGACACGGUGGUGGUCGAAAACAAGGUAACGGAAAAGUUCAAGAGGCCCUUCAAGAAGCGACAUUCCAGCGUUUACCAUCAACCGUCGAACAGGGUGAACAAGUAUCUGGCGCAGGCGAUCGAAGCCCGAAGCGUGGACCGGGAGAAGUCCAACCAUGUGAAUCUUCUGACGCUCUGCUUCAAGGACAGCUCCAAGGAGAAUCAGUAUCACGAUGAUGUGGAUGUCGGUUACAGUUCCUCACUGGCGUGCGCUUUAGCCCUAUUGAUGUUGUUAGGAGCGCUUCAAGCGGCUGUGUUACCACGAACUAUAAUCCUUCUGCUGUUAUUCUUGACCGCCUUCGUCUGGAUUUCCGUGGUUUUGAUGCUCUUGCUUGCUGUUAGACUUCGACUCAUCCUAUGGGAUAUCUCGCAGAGCUUCGUUCUCAGGUUGGCCAUCACCGUUUUCACGAUAGUCCUCGUGUACACCGUGGCCCAAGUCAAUGUGUUCACUUGCCGCUCCGAUAUACCGUGCAUUAUUCACUCGACGAACAACAUAACGCUUGAUGGUGGUACUACGGAACGUGAUCACAGGGCUUGUCCUCUACCGCAGUACAUCGUCUUAUCCUGCGCUUUGGGUUAUUUAGCUGUAGCUUUAUUCCUGCGGUUACCAAUACUUCUGAAGUCUUCGCUGCUCAUAAUCAUGUCCACGGUUUACAUACUGUUAAUCGAGUUGUCGCACAUCGAUCUUUUCAUGUGUUACGAUCUGCGGGUCAACUCGAUUAUUCCGGCUCAUGUGUUGAGCGUGGUGCAGGUACUGAUGUUCGUUUUGGCUGUCCUCUUGCACGGAAGACAAGUGGAAUGGACUGCUCGAUUGGAUUUCCUCUGGCAGAUCCAGGCCAACGAGGAGAAGCGCGAGAUGGACGCUCUGCAGCACUCCAACAAGAGGAUCCUCUUCAACUUGCUGCCGGCCCACGUGGCCACCCACUUCCUCGACAACCAAUUCAGAAAUAACAUGAAUACUCUAUCGCAGGAACUCUAUCACCAGAGUUAUUCGAGAGUAGGUGUAGUGUUCGCGUCUAUUACGAAUUACCACGAGUUUUAUACGGAACUCGAUGGUAACAAUCAGGGCGUCGAAUGUCUCAGGCUUCUGAACGAGAUCAUAGCAGAUUUCGAUGAUCUCCUAAGCGAGGAACGUUUCAAGGCCAUCGAUAAGAUCAAAACCGUCGGAUCUACGUAUAUGGCCGCAGUCGGUUUGAUGCCGGAUCUAAGAAUCCUGGAUGACGAUGAGAGCACCGCAGGAAUUCAUCUUAGCACUUUGGUAGAGUUUGUCUUCGCGAUGCGCGAUCGUUUGCUCAACAUCAACGAGAACAGCUACAACAACUUUAUGCUACGCGUAGGUAUUAACAUCGGUCCAGUCGUUGCUGGAGUUAUAGGAGCGAGGAAACCUCAGUACGACAUCUGGGGCAACACUGUGAACGUGGCCAGUCGCAUGGACUCCACCGGUCUUCCGAACCAUACGCAGGUAACCGAAGAGGUCUUCCAAGUCCUGAAGACAUAUCCUUACGAGUUCCAAUGUCGCGGUAAGGUCAAGGUUAAGGGCAAAGGAGAUAUGACCACGUACUUCCUCAUCGACCGUAAACAACCGGGCACGUUACGCGUCGAAGAGCUGAACAACUUCCGGAGCGGAACGAACGGCACGCCAAAUCCGAAUCCGAUCGCUGUGAAUAAUAUGUAUGGGGGUGUACCGACUCCUCUGGCUCUUCUCCAUGGUGAUAAUAGCGGUGGAAGGAAGGUGUUGCAGAGCAGAGCCAGUUCCAGGGAGGAGAGCGGCAUCAGGAUUGCGAUGAGAUUGCCACCGCUGCGGGAGACGUGCCAUAGGGAAAUGAUGAAUAUCGGGUGCGAAAACGAACCCCUCCUUCCGGUGCCCUGUAAAUCGAAUAGGAUUGUGAAAAAGCAUGAGGAGACGAUCGUCACCACUUCGGCGGUGGCGGCGGCGGCGGCUGCGACGACAACCACGGCGGCGGCUGUUGCACCACCUCUGCCUCCGCACAAGAUGCUGUACCCACGGCAGAUUGACAUGAAGUACACGCCGCCGUGGCCACGCGGUCCGCCGAACCCAUACUCAUCCCUGAACUCUCAACUCCCUAGGAUCGUAGAUAAUGUGAAUAAACCUUAUUUGAAACCUCUACCAAAGCCACCAGGCAAAGAGUCUCCAAGUAGACAUCGCAAGAACCUCUCAGCCACCAGCAUCCAGUUGACCCAUAGUUCUAAUGUCGCGCCCCCGAAACCCCCGACCCCAGAAAGAACGCCCGAGAUGCGCAGCAAACUGCAAACCAGGCACAACCCUCUGCCGCAUAGGCACAGUCCUCUGAGGACGAGGAGUCCUCACCACAGCAGACACAGCCCUCUGCAUAGACAUUACUCUGAUGAGAGCUUAGGCGGCAUGUAUCCUCCGAGCGCUCCUCAAAGGAUUCACAGCUCUGCCGAUGAGAUAAGCUCUCUGAACCAUUCACCAAGCAUCAGCAGUUCUGAUGAAAGCUACAGUCGGACGACGGACGCCGACGCUUCUCCCUGUGUAUCCCCGCCUCUCCCCGUAACCGACGCCCAGCUGUUCAUCUUCCCAUCCGAUGUCCAAGUGAAUCCCUGCUCAUCACCUGAAACAUCUCCGCGCGCCUCUUUAGACUACAUCCCACCCAACUGCUCUCUCCGCAACAACUCGACAGACAGAAACGGAAAACGCAACAAUUUACCACCUGGAGCCGUGCUAGCGAUUGCAGGCACCUGCAACACGGUGGACUCAUCGAUAGUUACGAGUCCACCAGUUUUGGAUGGCGACGAGAGUUGCAAGGGCGAAAGCUGCGCUAGCUUCGAAUUCCUCACGAGACCCGGAAAGAAACCCAACUGCCUGAUCCGCCAAAACACCGCGAACGGUGUAGCCAUCAAGAAGCAGAAGAGCUUAGAGAAGCGACCCAGGAACGACAGCGAUUCCAUACUCGAGUGCAACAAGAUGUCGGCGAUUUGCAAACGCUCGCCCAGCUUCAAGGAAGCCGAAGAGAUGCGCGACUUCCUCAACGACGAGAUGAAUAAGUACGCAAGCAGCGAGAAGAGCUCCAAAAAGGAUGGUUGCUGCCAAACGGACAAGAAGGAUAUAAGGAGACUGCGAUCCUCGCCCAACGGUCGCGACAAACUUUCGCCCAACUUGAAGUUGAACAACACCGAAGAGAUCGGUCCGUUCGAGCGCGAGAUUCAGAAGCUCCUGGACGAGCAGAAUCUGCUCCAGAAUAUCCCGCCGAAGCUGGAGAUCACGCAAACGAGCAAAGACAUUUGCUUGGAACCGUUAGUAAGGUAUAACAACAACCAUCAGGUUGGACUAGCUGCGAUACAAGCGCUGGCGUUGGGAUUGCGGGUUAACCCCACGGGGAGCGUAACCUUACAGUGCAUGACCACCCCUUCUAUAGUAAGCAGCAAGGAGGGAUCGCUAAAAAGGGGGCCUUCGCCACCCGGACCUUCACAGAGCUGUAAACUGCAAAAAGUUUCACCUCUCGACAGAAGUCCGAAUCAAAAGACUGACGAAGAAAUGGAUGGCGAAUGCGAGGAUUGCGUUAUGCUGGAACCAAGGUUGGACGAUGACACGGACAUCGAAAGCUUCGAAAGGGCGGAAAGGCUCAUGGAAGAGGAACAUCCUAUUGAUAAGGAAUUGGAGGAAGAGGUGAAAAGGUUGCUCGAGGAAAAGGUACAGGAAAAGUUGAGGAAUUUGGAAUUGGACAGGCAGCUCGGGCCGGCGGAGGUGAGCCAAUCGGAAUGGAGCGAAGAUGAGGAAGGCGGAGCUUCGGAACCGCUCCUCAACGAUCGCGAAUCCACUGGAUACACGACGGAUGAUCCAGCUCUGGAGAACAUCUCGAUGUUAAACGAAACGGGUUUAACGGAUGCUGAAGGUGCGUUGAGUGACGUGAAUUCUGCUUACAAUGACCACAACCACGAGGGCGACAUGGACGACAACACGAGCAUGUCCUCGAGGGCUUCGUCGCGCAUCUUCGACUCCGAUGCGAUGAUGUCCCUCGACUCCCUAAGUGCCCUUUACGAUUCCGAAUACGACAACUGUUACCGCACCGACGACGACCUCAACGCGAUGCCCGACCUGGACAGACUGAACUACUUCUCGGGGCCGGCGAACGAAGUGCAUCUAGCCAACAUCAGGUCGAUGAGCGAGAGCAUAACGAGGAAUUUCGGUCAGCCGCGCAGCGAGACGGACCCGGACAGCGACGUUUGAACACAUAUCCCUUGUACAUCACUUGUCCUCAACCAAGGACAUUGAUUACAUUCGAUUACCAUAUAUUAGAAUGCAGUUCCGAUUACCGUUUUGCGUUUCCUGAAAGCACAGAAACCAUAUAGUUUCACUCUCCACCCCUUUUCAUCAAAAAAAAAAUGAAAAAUGUAACUAUUUGCGUGCAAUACUUUAAUUAAGCGAAAGAUUUUUUUUAUUAGUGCAAAUAAUAUUAUGAUUAAAGCAGCCUUAAUACAUCUUUUUGGAGGACGUCAUUAACGAUUUGGUUUCUAUGGGAACAAGAAACUUUCAGUAGUUUGCUGCUUCGUCGGACGUUGAAUCCAUUUGUUUUUAUUUUAUUAUUUAAACUAAACUAAAUAAGAAGGUAUA